AAAUUGCAUAACUAAAGCGUGGAUAUUGGAAUGUAAUAAUAAGCCAGUGGAUAAUAAGAGAUGAGUGGUCUCAGUGGACGGGACUGGACUGUGUGAGGUAACAUUUUUACAACAACCCCUUCUCUCUCUGUCUCUCUCUGGUUAUGGAGAUCAUAUGGCCCAGGCCAACCAUUCUUUAGAACCCAUUGUAUGGCUUGCUUCUGUUUUAUUCUUGCUUAGUAAAAUUCUUAGUUGAAUUCCAUUUAGUUUUCUCUAUCUCGCUACUCCAUUUUGUUUCCGUGUAUUUUUCAUAGUAUAUUAAAAUCAAACUGAGAUGUUAGAUUGACUCAAUAGUUAAUAUUUUUGCAAAAGAACAAGUUUGAGUUAUAACUUGCUUGGUUUCAACUACUGAUUUUGCUUGUUAUAAUCAUUUAUUUGUUUAUUUAUUUCAAUAUCUAUGGCCACCCUGUUAAAUUCAUUCUCUCCUAUCGCACACCCAUCAUCUGAAACUAGUAGAAAGAGCUGUAACUUCUUUUCCCAUGUCCCAAAUUUGCCUACUUUUUCAACCAACAAUGGAUUUUCCAGAGUUUUGGCAUCAACCCAGAUCACCAUUUCUCCAAAGGACACUGUUUUCACAAUGCCCAAUUGGAGGUCGGGCAAGAAUGACCAUAGUAGUAAGGAACUCAGGCUCAAUGAUGCUUUUCUCUACUUUGAGACUAUGAUAGAAAAUGGCCAAAAACCAGAUGCAGCUCAAGCAACUCAGCUUAUAUAUGAUCUCUGCAAGGUAAAUAAGUUAAGAAAAGCAGUGAGCGUGAUGGAAAUGAUGGUUGCUUCGGGUAUAAUACCUGAUGCCUCUUCAUACACUUUCUUGGUUAGUAGUUUGUGUAAGAAAGGUAAUAUUGGUCAUGCUUUGCAACUGGUUGAGAAUAUGGAGGAAUAUGGCUAUCCAACCAAUACAAUGACUUAUAAUUCUCUUAUUAGAGGGCUUUGUAUGUGUGGUAACUUGAAUCAGUGUUUGCAGCUUUUGGAUAAGCUGAUAAAGAAAGGGUUGGUUCCAAAUGCUUUUACAUAUUCUUCCUUGCUUGAGGCUGCUUAUAAGGAAAGAGGAGUGAAUGAAGCCAUGAAGCUGUUGGAUGAGAUAAUUGCCAAAGGUGGGCAGCCUAAUUUGGUUAGCUACAAUGUUCUGCUAACUGGGUUAUGCAAGGAAGGUAGGACUGAUGAGGCUAUCAAUUUCUUAAGGGAUUUGCCUCUCAAGGGAUUUAAUCCUAAUGUUGUGAGUUAUAACAUUGUGUUGAGGAAUCUGUGCUUGGAGGGUCGAUGGGAUGAGGCCUAUAUGCUUCUUUCUGAGAUGGAUGGUGAGGAGCGAUCUCCUUCUGUUGUUACUUACAAUAUACUUAUUGCCUCACUUGCUAUUCAUGGCAGGACUCGACAUGCUUUUGAUGUAAUUGAUGAAAUGACAAGGGCACGGUUCAAGCCCACUGCAGCUAGCUACAAUCCCAUAAUUGCUUCUCUUUGUAGAAAGAAGAAGGUUGAUCUUGUGGUUAGGUGUUUAGAUCAAAUGAUUUAUAGGAGAUGCAAUCCUAAUGAUGGUACAUAUAAUGCAAUUGCUGAGCUCUGUAAUGUGGGAAUGGUGCAAGAGGCAUUCUCUAUUAUUCAAAGCCUUGGCAAUAAACAAAAAACUUCCACUCACGAGUUCUACAAGGCCGUGAUUUCGAGCUUGUGUAGGAAAGGGAAUACUCGUGCAGCAUUUCAUCUUUUGUAUGAAACAACCAAGUAUGGAUUUACACCAGACUCUUACACCUAUUCAUCUUUGAUUAGAGGGUUGUGUAUGGAAGGUAAGCUGUACGAGGCAAUGGAGAUUUUUAGCAUAAUGGAGGAAAACAAUUAUAGGCGUGACACUGAAAAUCUCAAUGCCCUUUUGGUUGGACUUUGCAAAUCUGGGAGAACAGAUUUGUCUUUUGAGGUUUUUGAGGCAAUGAUCGAGAAAGGGUAUGUGCCUAAUGAAACAACUUACACUAUUCUAGUGGAAGGGAUUGCCCAUGAAGGAGAAAUGGAACUAGCAGCCAAUGUUUUGAAGGAGUUGCACCAGAAACAGGUGUUGAGUCAAAGAACAGUAGAAAGAGUUAAUAUGCAGUUUGAUCUUUGAAAGUUUACAUGUGCAUAAGUUAUACAGGUGCCCCAAGAAGAAACUACAAACAGACAGAAAAUAUCAAAAGAAGGAUACUGGAAUGUGAAUUUAAAUCAAGGUGACCCUCAAGACCAAGAAGUUGUCUUGUACCUACUCUGGUCCACAGUGGUUUUAAGUAACUACUUUCUAGAUCCACAGGAAAAAUAAAAUAAGAGAAUGAGAGCUCUCCUUUUCUUUUUCUUUUUAGUACCUUUUACAUGUGUAAAUGAAGAAAAUAUUGAGUUAGGCAACAAGGUGUUGCCUCUAUGACAUCAAAUUUGUUUAUGGUUCGUCUCUUUUUAGUUGUGAAAAGGAGGCUGGGCUGGUUAACUUUGCAGUUUUUGGACAGAACUUGUAUGCUUAGCUAACACAAUGUGUAAACAUUUACUUCUUUCAAUAAAGGCAUAUUAAGAUGUCUAA